AUGCUGGUCAGCAUCCAGCCCUACCACUUCGUUACGGUGGGCGUCUCGGGCAUCCUCGCCAUCCUGCGGUUGCCGCAGUUCCUGCUCAGCUGGGGCAAGUACUACGGUCAAGUUGCCGUCAGACGAUACCGUCACUGGGAGGAGUCCAGAACCAAGAAGAAGACAGCAGCCCCGACAACGGAUAUCUACACAGGCUUAAAGAGGCCAGAGCUAGGCAUCCCGUCCUGGCUCACGGCCUCAUCGCUCGUCGGCUUCACCGUCACCCUCCUCUUCGUAGGCAUGACGCUGACAUACUACGCCGUCUUGCAGGAAAGGCGGGUGUGGAUGAAUGCGAACAACUGGCGUAGGCCGUACUUGCGCAGCUUGAUCGGGAGGGAACCGUACCCGGGAUGGUCGCCUAUGAAGGUUGAUCAUAGGUUCUGGUUUGAGCCGCCGCUGGAGUUCCUGUUGGGAUUGAUGAAUGACUAUGUGGUACACCCUCUUCUGUUUGGGAGUGAUUAUGGUGGUAGUACAUGGAGGAAUGGGACGGGGGUGUAUGAUGCCGAUGGGACGCCGUUGAUGAUUAGGAGAACACAAUGA